AUGCGGAUAAGGUUAUGUCAACUGCUGAAGAUCAGGGAAGGAGAUGCAUGUGGAUCAUCUGUUACAGUGUACUUUCAGAUUGAUUACCAGAGGACAUGGCGCUGCAUCCUCUGCAAGAACCGAAGCCUUCCUCUGCUCGUCGAUCGCUCUGCUGCUUCAGGCAAGGAGAGGAGAGGAGAGCCGGUGGCCAUGGAAGGGUUCAUCCCUUUCGUGUUCGGCGUGAUCAAGACGCGGAGGAAGAGGCGGCCGGGUCGCUGCUACGAGCGCCUCCACUCUCCCGGCGGCGCCGCCGGCGGCGCCGCCGGCGGCGGCGGCGGCAGCGCUGGUGCAUAUCUUUCCCAGAGCUGCCGGUACCCUGCCCGCGCUCAUCCGGCCGACGAGGAGCUCGAGCUCCCAUGCUACGACGGUGUACGUCGCCGCGCGUCGCCGGGGGGUUUCUCCGGCGAGCUGUCGGCCGUGGUGGGCGGCGGCGACGGCGACGACCGCGGCGUGUCCAGGUCGCUCCGGUUCAGCCGCAUGCGCGUGCUUGCUUGCGUCUCCGGCGCAUGAGUGUGUGUGUGUGUUUAUAUGCUGCAGCUUCGUUGUGUAUUUAGCAAAUUUUUUGUACAGAUUACAGAAUGAUCAAGUGAGAAAAUUUC